AUGGUUCUCUUCCAUUGCCAUGCCCCUCACCCCAGCAUGGUCACUCUCUCACCCUUCAAUUCCAAACCCCUUUGUGCUUCUCUACCUAACCCUUCUUUCUUAACUCAUCACCACCCUUAUCCUCUCACCACAACCACUCACUUCAACAACAAUAAGCCUCUUUCACUCUCCACAAUACCCAGAAAGUUCCUCUGCAAGCCACCCCAGGGAAAAUAUAUCAGGGAUGAUUAUCUUGUGAAAAAGUUGUCAGCUGUGGAAAUCCAGGAGCUGGUGAAGGGAGAAAGAAAAGUGCCUCUUAUUAUUGAUUUCUUUGCAACUUGGUGUGGACCAUGUAUCUUAAUGGCACAAGAACUUGAAAUGCUUGCAGUUGAAUACCAAAACAAGGUACUGAUUGUGAAGGUUGAUACAGAUGACGAGUAUGAAUUUUCACGCGACAUGCAGGUUCGUGGGUUGCCAACUGUGUUCUUUAUUAGCCCUGAUCCAAACAAAGAUGCUAUUCGAACUGAAGGACUCAUCCCAAUACAGAUGAUGAGGGACAUCAUUGACGAGGAUAUGUGA